UAAGAAUGUCUGGUGGAAGGAGCACACAACUUUAAAAAGCCUUGUUGAGAUUAUACAUCUUGUUCACUUUCUCUUUACCUGGGCAACAGCAACAUAUCUGACAAGAUGAGACUUCCAGUCGUCGCUUUUCUCAUUGCCAUCUCUGCAGUGUUGACCAGGAGCGUCAUCAUUAAGACCAUGGUGUUCCAGACUGAGAGCAGUAACAGUUUUGUUGAGAUGGUCCCUAUGAAGCCCCUGAACCUGAAUGCCUUCACUCUGUGCAUGCGUGUGGCCACGGAGCUCAAAGGGGAGCGAGAGGUCAUCCUGUUUGCGUACAGGACACAAUACUAUGAUGAGCUGAACGUGUGGCGUGAGCUGGAUGGCAGAUUGUCCUUUUACCUGAGCGGAGAAGGAGUUUCAUUCGACCUCCCUCAGAUCGGGGCCCUAGAGACUCAACUGUGCUUCACCUGGGACUCCAGAUCCGGUGCAGCUACCAUCUUCAUGGAUGGAAGGAAAAGCUUGUCCAAGAUUUACAAGAAGGGUCACACUAUCCGCCCCGGGGGUAAGGUCAUUAUAGGACAAGAUCCGGACUCCUUUAUGGGCGAAUAUGAUGCCAAACAGAGUUUCGUUGGGGAGAUCUCUGACGUUAAUUUGUGGGACUCUGUCCUGCCAGCCAGCACAAUCCAAGAAAUUUAUGCAGGGAAGAGAACGGCAAGAGGAAAUAUUUUCGACUGGGAAGCCAUAGAUCUUAAAGUCAACGGGCAGGUAGAUAUUAUUCCUCGAGAGCUGUAGAUUUAAUCCUGGAAUUAUGCAGCCACUUUACACCUGUAUGAGCUUUGUGAAGAAGAAGGCUUGCUGAUCAAAUGUAUGUCUGUGCACCAAUGUCAGUGCCAUUGUUGUCACUUUCGUAUUUCAACAAUUUUAUUCAGUCUAAUAAAAACACUUUGACAAUG